AUGGGCCUCCUCGCCGUCGGGUGUGCCAACUUCGGCCUGGCUAUCAGCACGGACAAGACGGUAGUCCCAAACCAAUCGUCACCAAACACACAACACAGUACUCCUCCUCGAAUCAGUUUCCGCGGCAACCAACCCCAAACCAUGGACAACCUCGUUUGCCUAGGUGGUGGUGGUGGUGGUGGUGGUGGUGGUGGUGGUGGUGGUGGUGGUGGUGGUGGUGGUGGUGGUGGUGGUCGUUGUUGUCGUGGUCGUGGUGGUCAAAAUCCGGGUCAAGUGUUGUUGUGGUCCAAGGGGUGUGCAGUGGUGCGCCUAGUUGCGGGUCCGGCCGUGCCAUCCACCUGCGCCCUCAACCGCCUCCGGUCUUCUCCACUCUCUCAUGACGCCGGGCCCAGGUGGGGGGAGGAGAGAGUCCGGUAGAUUCUGUACAAGUUCACUACCAUGAUAAUAUAAUUCACGCACAAGCCCCCGUUCCUGCUCUCGCCCUGUUGCGGAGCGCACGGCAGACAUCUGCGGUAGCGGCAGUCGAGCUGUCGUGUGGCGUAUCACGGCGGCAGUUCCUGCUACCUGUCAGUGCUCGUUUAGGCUGCGCAUCGGGCGGACGAAUAUGGGGUCGCGUGGUUUGUUUUCGCCCUUGUUCGCAUGUCUAUCCAGACCAGCCGGUUGCCAAAAUUAGACGCACUGUUGUCAGUGUGGACUAAAGUGCACUGCAUGCUUCCAAGCCUAUGCAACGGCCCUAAAGUUGAGCGCGUGAACCCGCGGCUGCAGCGUGACUUGCACGGGACAAAGCCACUGAGUCGGCACGUUGGGUGUCCCUCGCACCGCUUGUCUCCUUUGGCCCACCCGGCGUGGAAAAUUUGUCGAGCCCCUGGUCUUAGCGUUUGACAAAGCGAGGUUUAGCACUGCAGUGGCAGAUACGACCAGUUGGCAGCGCCAUAGCAGCUGCUUCAGGGCACUGCCUGAAUUUGUGGCGAGAGGCGUUGUGGUCAGACAGUUCGACCCUCGUGACCGACGAUGUCCACUGUGUGCCCCACGCGGAGGCGAAAGCAGGCACGGUGACUUUUGAGCGAAUUAGGUCACAGUGAAUAUGCACUUGGACAGCAUCUACCGCACUCCAUCCUCCUCCUUCCCCCCACCUGGGCCCGGCGUAAAGACAAAGUCAAGAAGGCCGGAGGCGGGCGAGGGCACAGGCGGAUGGCACGGUGGAGCCCGCACCUUGGCGCUUCACUCCACACCCCCUGGUUCACACGACAAAUAACCAGGAUUUUAACUAAAAACCAAAGGGACUGGCGUGGUCGGAGCCGCGCCUUGGCGUGCCCCCACAUUAUCCCCGGAUCCCACGGAGUGGGAGUGCCAUAAAGAUAACAUAAGGGAGGAGUCAUUGCAGCCUGACUCUUAGACCACCAGUCGGCCGCUCCACACAAACACACACGGGGUUGACUGCGAGGUCCAAGUUAUUGCCUCAGUUGGCAACCUUCCAAGCCUCGGCUUUUAGCGCACCGUGAUAGUUUCAAGCGUGUCAAAUUGUCUAUGGUGAGGAAAAUGCGCUGAGUCGUCGACCUCACUCUCUCUUCCCAUUCUCAGGCCCCAGCCACAGUCCGAGUUGGUCAAUUGACAGGUUCGGGGAAAGGGGGCAUUUUGGUACCACUCAAAACACAUGCAGGACCUACAUAUAAUCAAUGGAGUAGCCGCAAUUCGGAUGUGGUUAUGUAGUCCCAUUUGAAGUAGACAAACCCCAGCCACCUGUAAUACGGUGCCGCUGGUAAUAGGGGUUUUUACACGUAGGGCCGGGGCACGCACGGGCGACGAGGUCAAGCAAUUGUAGGCAAAAGAAAAGCUAUUGGGAAUGCACGGUUGUACUUUGAGUGGUUGAGAAAUUGUUGCCAUAAACCCUAACUGUAACCCCUAACUUCUAACCAACACCCCUAACCCCAACACCAACAGUAUUGUUUCCAUAAGUUUGGGCUACAUAACCACAUCUCACCGAACCACAUUCUGGAUAAUUUUUUGGACUAGGACCUAUUAACCGAAAUCCAAGAACGCAAGUCGUCCGGCGAUUUCGACAAUAAAUGUCAUAGAGAACCGGCCAAAUACGUAACCGGUUGGACUGCCUUCUUUCGUAUUUCAUGGAGGUGAACGGGUUUUUUAACCACUGCCAAACGGCAAGAGAAAGUUCUUGGCCGAUUUUCUGACACUCGUCAAACACGUAAAAGUGAAAAAAAUGUAAUUUUUCCGACUAGAAUUGGUGAGAUUACUGACGAGCCUGGGCAACGUGACAGGCAUAACUUGUGGAUCUUUCAGUUGGCCUCAAGACGGCCUUAGGAUUGUCUGCCGCCAAGAAUGUAUGCGUCAAAAUGCUAAUCAAAAAAGCCCUUCUCUCUGCAAAUAGACAGCAAGAUCCAUUUGGGAAACUGUGUUAUCAGCGCAGUUAUGAAGGGAGAUGAAAGAAUUCAGAAUCCAGCCGGCGUUUCUUGCUUCCUUCUGAAAGUUCGAAAUUCCUCCUGGAACAGACUCUAUAAGUUCUCCUCUGAGAGGCAGAUAUCUUUCCAAGUCGGCAGAUAUUUGCAAUUUUUUCACCAUAAAGAGUCAGCUUCUACAUGAAAACAUUGUUUUUCUCAUUUGCACCCACAAAUGCCCUAUUUCACCGUCACAAUGGGUCUUCUAGGUCAUCAAAGUGCUUGCGUUCUCGAAAAUAAAUCAGUAAGUGUCACUGCUAUUCGACUUCAAACAGAACAAGUUCGAAACGUGAGUAAUGACUCAUCCUCAUGGCAGUUUACCUAGUACUAGGUGACAAAAGAGUACGUGAUAGCGACCUAUUAUGGAAACUUCCUAGCUUAGAGCCAGAGAUCAAAUAAAGUUCACUAUCUGGGUACCGACUCCAUAGCAAAUGUCGGUUAGGGAUAAAGAAUACUAAUGACGACUUAGAAAACGUCGACGUCUAAACAGUUGCUGGCACGCUGUUCUCAGCACAGCCCAAAAAUCGGAGCUCCUUGAUACUGGCGGUGCUUUUUUAUCGCAUGUGGGGCUUCUUUUUAUCUUCUAGUUAUGCAUCUUCUUAAAAUGAAAGUGUGGGCUUGGCUGCAACCCAUUAACAACUUACGGGCGCUCACAGGGCAAAGCAUUAAUUUGUUACAGAGUUGCACAGUAAAAUGUCGACACCAAUAAGUUCUUUUGUUAUUCGGUUCAGUUCAGUCCAGUGCAUUUUUUAUGAAGGGAACGGUAGACGAACGCCGUUGAACUCUCUAUUGGUUACAAUGUAUUUUAACAGUGUGUUUUAGCAUUUUGAUUUUCAAGAAUAACACAUACAUUGUCGGACGGGGAGUUCAAGUACAAAGCGAGGUCUUUUACUUUUUGCAAUAAAACACGCCAUUUCGUAUGGCGCUCCAAAUUUGGACUUUAAAAUAAAUGCACUGAUGCCUUCUACCAGUCUUCAAAAGUUCUUAGAUGUGUUUUUUUCUUAAUCUUCGACCAAGUUCAGCAGUUCCUUUGCCUAUACAAGCGAAAAGGCGAGCUCCAGGGAACGGUGUAGAAGGUGGGGAUUCGAUCGCUGGAACAGGAACUAAAUUCGUAAGGCAUUUCGGCUACUCUACCAGGUCUCUGACGAUGGUGCUGAUGACUACGACGAUGACGACGACGAUUAUGGCGAUUAUGACGAUGACGGUGAAGGGCACGAAGAGGAGGAGGAGGAGGAGGAGGAGGAGGGGGAGGAGGAGGAGGAGGAGGAGGAGGAGGAGGAGGGUCCGAAAAGCCGGACGAAUAAACUUCUGAUUUCGGAGAUCGCUCCCCCCCUCUUCUCCACAGUCCUUCCAUCAUUAUUGUAUAUAGGGUCCAGGGACACAGAAGAUUCACUAGUGUUCAAUUCCGACUUGUGCAAUGCAAUCGGCGAGCCAACUUUCACAAUAUUGCUUUUAUUUUCUUAUCUUUCCCAUUCUGCCCUUUUAAAUUAACAGCAAAACACAGGAAUAGGAACCCCUUAUUCCAGAAGACCUGAGCUUAUUUUCAGGGAGAUUAGGGUUAAGGUAAGGUUGGGAAUUUUUACAGAGGUAGGAUCAGGUUUCGGGCUAAGGUUAAGGUUUGGGCUUAUCGCGGAAGUCUAAACCGAGAGUGAAACCCUGACUAUCCCGACCUACAGGCCCGGUCCAGAAAGAGAAGUUGUACACCAGUUUGGAGAAUUUUAUAUUAUGUACAGGACAACUUCAGGCGAGAUGGGAGGGAGUUGGGAGCCCGAUAAAAGUGCCUCUGACGCCGGGGGAACGGAGUCCCAAGUGUCAGUCAGGGAAUGCGUCACAGCGUCGUAGGCCAGUGCGUGCUUCUGACUCGGCCUUGAAUCUGAUUGGCCAGUUGAUGACCGAGUGGACGAACUCCAGAGGGUCCUGGUGCGCAGGUGCAGACACUCGCGUGAGGGCCAGAGUUGCGACGGGCGUUCGGAGUAGGGCCACUAAAGUCUAGGGUUGGUGACAGCGUUAGAAUAACAACACAGACUUACUUACCCUUCUUGGAAUUUUGCAAAGACCACCUGUAUUACUGGGGAAGGAAGUUUCUUGCCGUUGACGUAAAAAACGUAUUUAACUACAGAAUUGUGCGUUGUAAGUACAGGCUUGUAAGAAACAGUGAAUUUAUCUUAUACACCAUAUGAUCUCCAAAGAUCGAACUCGAAAAAAAACAGGCCUCACCUGAAACAAUUUUUUUGACAAAUUCUGAGAAUGAUAAAACAGUAAAGCAAGACCCAACAUCUUCAAGCCGUGGACGAGGUGAGGGUUUAGUGCGGGUGGUUAGAACCUCAUCCAACGAUAAAAUGAGACGUUAGGUCAUUGGCCGAUCCCAUGAAAUGUUAGGCGAGAUUCUGAAAUGGGUUUUCGAUUAGGAUGGAUCACUUUGUCGAUAGAAGCGAACAGGCGAGUUCCAGGUAGCAGUUCAGAAGAUGAAGAUGCGAUCACCGGAACAAGAAAUUUAUUUGCCUGACGUUUCGGAUUCUCACUCGAAUCCAUCAUCAGAGACAUUCGCAGAUAGAGGUGAAGGUGGCACCAGGAGUGCAGUAUUUAUAGCACGUGGCUGCCGUGGGACCGCAUGCGCACUGCAAUUUACAGUUCUCGUAAUCACCGCUGGGGCCGUAAUUGAUGCGGUGGUGGCUUGUCGGUCCGAGUCCGAGUCGUUAAUGGCCGCGAUUUAGUCAUCCGUGCGGGAUGCUGGUGUGACGAUUGCUCGGCAAACUGGCUCACUGUCACCGUGACGAUUGCUCGCCCGCGCCCUCCCCACGUGACUGAUUCUCCUGCCCAGGGAAAAUCGCAGUACGCUAUAGGGUACCGGGAGGUCAUUGUGCUUGUUGAUGGAUUGCGGGCCUGAGAACCAUGACUCGAGCAGCUCGCGGCUCACGCGGUUUUCACCCCUUGCGAGCAUUUCGGCCUCUUGAUAAAUGACUACUUAAGUAGUGUACACCUUUCACAUCGACUCAGCGCACGGUCUUCUCCAUAAAUAGUCUGAUGUGCCCUUAAGCUGUCACGGUACGUUGAAGUUUGUGGCUGACAGCUGACGGACUAGCUCGCUCCUCUCAUGGUGGACAGUCAGGUUGCUAUGGCACCCUCUUUGCCUGGCCGCUAUGGCACUCCCGCCCAAUUGGGAUCUGCACUGCCCCCCUUCCCCCCUGUGCGAAAGCCUGGUCUAGUGUGCGCUGACCAGGCGUGUGCGACACGCGCAGAAGACCUGUUUAACUUUCUCAGUCACUGUGUCAGAUCAAACCUCCGGCCUUAUUUACCCUGUCUUGUCACCGGACCCAUGUGGCUGAAGGAGUAGAGAACAUGGUAGAUGCUGCACAAGUCAACCGUCAGUAUAAACUAAUUCACGCCCAAGUCACCGGCCCUCCUCCCACCAUGCCGCAGAACAUACGGUGGAGAUCGUCGUUCAUGAAAGUCUAGAUGUCAGUAUCGCUGAGAAGGCGGCAUUUCGUUGAGAAAACCAUAUCCGUGGCUUUAUGCUCGGAGUUACGAACACGGCUGCCCAUCUUUGAAGACUGGAGAGUCUUGUAGCUGCUCAUCACGCCCCACUGUGUUCUGCAGACCCGAGAUAGCAAACACUGCCUCAUGUCGCCCAAACCACCGUCCAAGCCUAACGGCAACAAGAUGCACAGAGAGUGCGGCCUUGACCGCAGCCGUUAAAUUAAUCGGCAAACGCCAUUUUUCCCUGUGUGCGGCUGCGAAUCUGUAGAUCGGCUGGUUUACCUUUACAGAUAUUUUUUUUUAUCAACUUUGGUAUAUGUGGAAGAAAGUGCGCCUGCUCAUUUACACGGAAAUCGUACGCCCAACAAAGGUCACGGGGUCGCCACAUGACAGCAUAUGGUGCUAUAAGUCGUGGCUUUGAAAGUUGCCAACUGCCAGGCUUGUCCGAUCAUGCUAAGGACUGAGAGUCAGGUUGCCGUGGCCCCUUCUUAGUGUGACCUGUAUGGCCUUAUGACCUAAGUGAGAUCAGGGUCGCCAGAGAGCCAAUCGUUGUUCACAAGGCCAUUCUGCAGCCAUCAGUCGUGAAGGCUACUGAGUGCAGCGGUUAGUCAGAGGUCAGUUGCCGCCACUUUAAUGCUCAGAAAUAAGUCGAACACCAGUCGAACUGCACUGCCAUCCGCAGGAUGAUAGAAGGACCUGUAAAAAAAGAAUUCAACAGAUAUCUCAUAUGAAAAGCAAAGUAGUCGACCCAGUCUGCGACACCUACUUUUCAGCCUGGCAAAGAAUGUUUUGACGAAUUCUCCCAUAGGACAUUGGUAAAAAAAUUAUUUACUUGAAGUGCGGGGAAAAGGUAUGAGAUCCAGGCAGCGGUAACAAACAUGCCGGACUACAAUCCUGGCAAGAAGGAAAAUCAUGAAGUCCGCGUGCAAGUUGAAAGCUGGCGGAGGGAGCACCCGGGUUUGAACCGGGGACCUCUCGAUCUGCAGUCGAAUGCUCUACCACUGAGCUAUGCUCCCGUCCGCAAGGGUAUUUUUAGCCUCGCUAUGCUGGUGAACUCAUCGUUACUGCGAAGUUCGGCAACAUGCGAUUGCUAGCAAUCAGUUCGUCAAUCCGCUCUGCGCGUACACAUCGAGGAAAUAGUGUUUUUUGAAAAAGAAUUUAAGAUAUGACGUCCAAAACAGACCGAGCUGCAGAUAUUUUGGACACAGAAGAUGCUGCAAGAGUACGGAUUGUGAAAUCCGAGGGGAAGUUAAAAGCAGUCGAAGGGAGCACCCGGGUUUGAACCGGGGACCUCUCGAUCUGCAGUCGAAUGCUCUACCACUGAGCUAUGCUCCCGUCUGCAAUGGCACUUCUGACUUCGACAUGUUGACAAAGCCCUCGCUACUGCGCAGUUUGGCAGCAUUCAGUGACCAACAUUCCACUCGUCGGUCACUAUUCUUUCGCUGGAAUUUGAACGCACUUUUGCUUGCAACAGAACCCACGUUGCUGAUCUCUGUCCACCUAAGAUGAGCCAAGACUAUUUGAAUGUCAUACAUUUCGAUAACUCGUUAAUCAGCCGGCACAGGUUUCUAAUCGUACAGCAUGCGCAGUGUUUGAGGUAAAUAGAGGAGUAAAAUGACAAAGUCUUGGUCAGAAGACAGGUGGUUUAAAAUGGCGAUCACCAUUUGAGAGGGCCAGAACGGUGGAAGAGUAACCUAAAGAAAAGGAAAGGGACAGGCGAAUGGCCUGUGACUCAAGUAGGAUAAAGCAUCAUACAGCCAGGUCAACCACUGAAAGCACAUGCGGCAAUUACAACGACAAUUGCAAAAUGUAACUAUACAGCUGUGCUGAAGGAAACCUCAAAAAUGGCUUUUUCGUUUUGAUACUUCUGCCAUUAUGAAGUUGAAAUAAGAAGGAAUACAGAUGGAAAAGAUGGCUUAAAACAUUCGCAAGAAAAACGUAAUGGAUACAAAAACAGUCGUGCCGAUAUUGAUGCCCAUAGUAGCGGCAAGAUAUGUAACCGUAUGGAUAUGCAUAAAAUGUGGCAAGAAUGCGAAUUGUGGAAUCCGAGCGCAAGUUAAAAUCGGCGGAGGGAGCACCCGGGUUCGAACCGGGGAUCUCUCGAUCUGCAGUCGAAUGCUCUACAACUGAGCUAUGCUCCUGUCUGCAACACCACUCUUAGCCCCGUCCAUACCAACGAACUCAUCAGUACUGCGCAGUUUUGCAGCAUGCGAUGACCAGCAUUCCAUUUGCAACCAGUCCUAGUUUAGCGCCACAAGUAAAACUUCCGCCUCCCACAUUUCCACUGCCAGGGAAUACCUAGAUUAGAACUAUGAGUACAUAUUCGGGGGGAAAAGGCAAGAGAGGGGUUACUGAGGAGAAUGGGGGCGUUCUGUUCAGUUGAGAAAGGAGAUUCGAUUUUUUUCAGCGUUGCCAUAUGCCAAAUAGAACAGUCGGCCCAGUGUGAUCCAUUUACUUGCCUCGUUAACUGUGAUUGUUUUAAAGACGCCUUAUAAACCGUGCAUACUUGAAAAAGCACCUGCCAAACGGGCUGAAGCUUUCCUUCACAAAACCCAGCACUAACAAACAUGUCAAUUGAAAUUUCGGUGAGAUGUGUGACUGUAUGGAGAUACGGGAAAUGCAGCAAGAAGGCGAAUUAGGAAAUACGAGAGGAAGUUAAAGCGGGCGAAGAGAGCAUCCGGGUUUGAACGGGGGACCUCGCGAUCUGCAGUCGAAUGCUCUACCACUGAGCUACGCUGCCGUCAGCAACGCCCCUCUUAACCUCACUAUGCUAAAAUAUUCGCAAGAAAAACCUUAUGGGUACAAAACGGUCGUGACUAUAUCGAUGCCCAUUAUAGUAGCAAGACAUGUAACUAUAUGGAGAUACAUAAAGUGUGCCAACAAUUCGAAUUGUGAAAUUCGAGAUGAAGUUAAAAGCGGGCGGAGGGAACACCCGGGUUUGAACCGAGGACCUCUCGAUCUGCAGUCGAAUGCUCUACCACUGAGCUAUGCUCCCGUCUGCAAUGGCACUUCUGACUUCGAUAUGUUGACAAAGCCCUCGCUACUGCGCAGUUUAUCAGCAUGUGAGGGCCAGAACUCCAUUCUCAGUGCGUUCUACGAGUGCUACUGGAAUAAAUAGUCUUUGUUAAGUAUCUGCAGACACGGUCACCAGAGCUUGCAGCGCUACAGAUGUCAUGGACGAAAAGGAGACUUAGACUGGCUUGCGGCAAACGUUCAUGAACUAGUGCGGAGGCCCAUGAGCCCGUAAAUACUGCCGUACACAUGUGUUGCACGCCUAAGUCGAAGGUACUUCGUCCAAUCUCAGUGGAUUGGUGCGUGGUAGAAGGAAGAUAGAUUGAGACCGACUGUGGGGAAUCCAUUCUCACUUCUUAUCAACGUAUUCCUCACCACUAAGAAAUCUGAUAUGUUUGGGCGUGUCACAACGCGCUACUUCUCGUGUAUUUGAUGAUCAUCAACUCGGCCCUUCCCAGGACUGAGAGUCACACUUCUUGAUGUGGUCUUAAGAGCACUCCUACGCGUUUUGGGUCUGAGUCGCCCUCACAAACGUCCGGGUCGUGUAUGGAACGCGUAGGAGGGCUGUUAGGCUUUGUCAGCCACUGCGUCCGAACCUGCCUCCAGUAGUCCUGACAUAAGCGGACGAGGGAGGAGAGAAUCAGAAGAAGGAGAUACGAUCACUGGAACAGGGAGUUCGUCGGCCUGACGUUUCGAAUUCUCAUUCGAACCCAUCAUCAGAGAGAGAGAGAGAGUCGCAGACCCUUAUCUGCGCAAUUCGCCUGUGUUGCACCCACCCCAAUGGACACGCGGUGGAAGUCACCACUUGCGACGGCCACUUAUUGUUUUCGAUCCACGCUCUGGUCCGUGGCUCAUCAGCAUGCACGAUGAUGCCUUCCUCUGUACUAAACUUUUUCCUGGCCAGUACAAUCGGCCACACGAGGAACACGCUGUUGAAAAGUGCUUUCAGGUGAUAUAAACGAACAGGCGAGUUCCAGGAAGCAGUUCAAAAUAAUAAUAAUAAUAAUAAUAAUAAUAAUAAGAAGAAGAAGAAGAAGAAGAUGAUGAUGAUGAUGAUGACGACGAUGAUGAUGAUGGUGGUGGUGAUGAUGAUGAUGAUGGUGGUGGUGGUGGUGGUGAUGAUGAUGAUGAUGAUGAUGAUGAUGAUGAUGAUGAUGAUGAUGAUGAUGAUGAUGAUGAUGAUGAUGAUGAUGAUGAUGAUGAUGAUGAUGAUGAUGAUGAUGAUGAUGAUGAUGAUGAUGAUGAUGAUGAUGAUGAUGAUGAUGAUGAUGCGAUCACCGUAAUAAGAAGCUUAUUGGCCUGACGUUUCAGAUUCUCACUCAACCCCCCAUCAGAGAUGGUCGCUCUGGUAAUGGGUUCGAGUGAGAAUCCGAAACGUCAGGGCAGCAAACUUCUCGCUCCAGUGAUCGCAUCUUCUUCUUCUUCUGAAGUGCUUUCACUGGCAGUGUUGGUUAAACAAAUUAUCGAGUAAUUGUCUGGCCCAUCAUCAUCAUCAUCAUCAUCAUCAUCAGGUACUAAAUCGCGUCCACUGCAGUCUCGUAUGCGGGCAAACAGCCCAUAAUCACACUGUUAAUACCGGCGGGUUUGUAGUGACAGGGUUACUGUGUCCUUCAAACUCUGAACCCAGGUAAACUUCCCCUCAUCUUUAUCUUCUGCCAUUUCUGGUGAUGGUUCGGGAGGGAAUCCGAAACAUCGGGCGAGAGCAGUGCUUGUUCUUCACGUUUUACUCUUAUACGACACCGUCUGGCGCCCUCUGCAGGGCUGAGGGAUAAACAGUGGAAGUAGGACAGACGCGGUGAAUGAAAGUCGUUACCAGAGCUUUACAGUGCGAAACCGCAGACCAGCGAGUAAUCACAAGUGCAGAAGCAGGAAUGCAUCGGGAUUUGGUAAUCCUCGCUCUCAAAAGUGCAAAUUUUAAUCGAUGGGUAGUGUUCGUGAGCAGCGCAAAGCAGUAAGUACACCAAGACAAGAGCCACUGCCCCACCGACGGGGAUUGGUUAGCAUGCCAGGGAAGACAGCCUACGCUCUGCGUCACGAGUCGACAAGGCUGCCUGUGGAGUUUCAAAGUUGGUGGAACAUUUGAUGAACUUCAGUCCUCAGCAGGGAAUCACCAUGGCCUUAGUUUACUUAGAAGGCUCAAAAAGUAUACAAUUUUUUUCCUUCGUAGAAACAUACACUACCAUCCAGCUAUUAGACGAGACAGAGGGAGAGAAGUCAUUCUCAGUUGCCCUGGUUUAAUUAAAUGGCGGAACAAAAUCUCUGACAGUAGACAUUUGGACAAAAUGCCUGUGACAAGAUUAUGAAGUCUAAAUGAAUAUUGGUGGGUUUGGAUGGCCACAUCUCACGUACGUCGGCCAGGAAGAUGCUAAAUGUAUUGUCGAGCGGACGCAGGACGAAAGAGCACCAAAACGACGCCUAGCAAACACUCAACUGUCCCUUAACUGUCCGCGGAUACUCGAAACCGAUGACAUGCCUGAGACCAGUCAUGCAUGAGAACCCCUGGGUCAGUGGUGGCAACCGCUUUUGUAGGCUCGUGGGUCGAGGGAUGGUGUCCCAGUGGUUUAGAUUGUGGAUUCAGGGGGAAGGUGCGCUUAAAUGGGCGCAUGACUAGUUGGGAGUGCGUGGACGCAGUGUUUCCCAGCUGAAGUUGGUUGAGUGGUUUCAGGUCAGCGCGUCUGGAAUGGCGUGCUGCAAGGGCUGAAUGACCAUGAGGCAGCGAGGCCUUGGAUAAGGACGCCAGACUGGCCAUCAUGGCUGCCCGUAACAGGGGAGUUGAGAAGGAGAGAGUGCGGCAGAUGCUGCGCAAGUCCACACUCACUAUAAAACAUAUAACGCACAAUUCACCGUGACGUUUCAUCUUGCCGUGGAUCACACGGUGGACAUCGUCGGGCACGACGGUCGAGCUGUUGAUUGCGUAGGCAGCAGAGAGGACUGAAAAUUGUCAUGGCCCACCACGGAUGGAGUACCUGCUGGGACGACUGUCGAAGUGUCCGACCAGGGCAACUUAGACCGAACCCGGCGGCUGCAGUCAAAGGCGUGAUUUGAAAAGUUUGCAAUUGCGGUGGAUGUGAAGGUAUCUAAGCCUGAUCGUGCACACUAGUUGUCAGCCGGUUGGUAUGGCGACAGUUUUCGCAGGUGGAGUGUACCUGGUCUGGCUUACGGCACUGACCCUCCUUGCCUCGUAAGACAUCUCAGGCAACGCCGUAACAGCUACCAACAAAACGAUCCACCGGUCGCUGAAAUCCUAAACCCAAUCCGGCUAAUAUAACCACUGUCGGUUAGGGCGGGCAAACCAUCUCGGCCAACGCGCGGAUAGAGGAGAGGAUGCUGCCCAACGUAGCGCGCGCCUACUCUAUGCUUAUGUAAUUCACGUGCAGAUCGCCAGCACUAGAACCGUGAAGGCUGAUUUAGACAGGCCAAAAUAACUCCGUACUGUCACUGUGGAAGUCAGCAUAAACAAACAUAAUUGUGUGGGGUUAAGUUUGGUGCCGUAGUAUAAACAUGUGCAAGUGCCGCACUUAAACGUCCGACGGCGAUCGGUGAAAAAGAGGUGGAAAGUGAGCUGGCUGAGAUAUCAAAAAACGCGCCCUGGCAUUCAUACCUCAACUAACUCCUGUCUGGCGGCGUCCGAAUUUUUUGGUGAGUCAGGUGUCACCGCAUGUUUUUAACCCUUCCUGUUUAUAUGAAAAUGUGGGGGCUAACGUCUUCAGCUUCAUUGUUUCGGCCUAUGCCGCGAGUGAGAUCUGCUGGACUGUAUCUAGGGUAAUUUCUUAGAUCACACAUGGGGAGUUUACGAAGUCUAAAACACAGUUCAAACUACUGAUAAAGUUAUGAUCCAUUUCGGUAAAGUCAAAGGAGGAAGUUCCAGAUCACUAGCAAGAGUUCGUGCAUAAGAAACCUGGUCCCAUCCAAGCACUCAGACGGAUCUUUAAAAACCAGUCAGGUCAGCAGGUGGAAUUAGUAUAAAAUUAGAAGACACUACCGAUUAAGACGGCGGUGGCCGCCUCCGACUCAUCUGUCCUCAUCGGCCAGUUUCCACGGCGUAAAGAACCGAGGUUAGCUGGUCAAUAAGUCAAGCCUCUUACCAACUGAGGUACUGGCGUGAGUCGGGAGACGGGGUAUAAUAGUCACACCCCGACCUACAGCAGUGAAUGCGGCCAUACCGUUUCCCUUUUGAACUCAGUUCUAGAACCCACGCCGGUGAUCGGAGGGAAACAGGAAGUCAAUAAUGUAUAGUUAUGAGGGAUUAGGACAAGAGGCAUUUGGGUGGCUGGGAAAGGGAUCUAAAGACGCAUGUAAGCGAGAAAUUCUUACAACAAUCUUCCUCUCCGUUGUCAUUAAUGCACCUCGGUUAAUGGCUAGUGUUCAACUCGCAAAUGCUUGUGAGUGUUCAAAACCGUUUACUCCUUUACCAUUUAAAUAGACCUGAGAACAGAAUUCCUGUGUGAAAUCUGCAUUAGCAAUAAUUUAGUUUUGGCACCAAUUGACGAACAUCGCCAGGGAAGUAUCGACGGGGCGGGCGCUCAAGCCGCGACAGAUUAGUUGACAAAAGAAGGCUUUGACGGCUGGACGGCCGCAAAAGGACAGCUUUCAUCGCGUGCCGCGCAAAAGUGGCGUUGCACUAGUGACCUAAUGAGGAAGACUUGCGUCGCGCCUACCACACUCUCACUUCCUUCACCCAUCUUGUCCGACGGUUAGACCUUGGUAAGACGAUCGGAGGUGAGCGUGGACGCAGGGGCUAACAAAGCUAACCCGCCCGCCUACGCGUGCCGCACGCAACCUCGUCGUAAGGGCGGCUCGGAUUUCAUACCAGUGAAAUUUCCAGACAGGCCACACAGACACUGUUCAUUAUACCACGGAACUCCCUUAGGGCUCGAACACAGACAUUCUGACAAGGUGGCGAGUGAAUGCACCGACUAACGACGACAGUCUGUCUUGAUUGCAGUCAAAAUGCCAAGCCAGAAAUAGGCUUCUACUGAGGAUUAUCAUUUUCCUUGAAGGUACCUAUGGCACAGGAAAUGUAGCAUGUAUGAUUGUUAUAGUCUCUGUAAGUAAUAAUAAAAUAAACGCUCCAUUUUGUGGUCCGUAGAAAAGAGAUCUGGCCUGAUAAUGCUAAAAAGUCCACUUUGCCAGUCCAGCAAGCUUGUCUGCGAAAAGUAGGAGACAUGAGCGGCUUUUCAGAGACACAAAGGAAGGCAUAAAUGUCCAAAAACGGCUCUGCGAAGACCUGAUUAUAUGACUUUACACACCGCAACGGACUUCAAAAUUCUAAAGUUACGGGCUUCGAAGUCUUUCGCUCGUCGAGCAACCGAACGAAUCGCCCGGUAUCGCAGACCUACCCCCCAACUGCUGACUUCGAUGUAAAAACCCAAAAAUGAACAUUGUGACAAGUCACUCGAGCUCGGAGUCGAAGUCCAGAGUUCGGCCGUCGAACUUUCGUCAACAAGAUUGCGUCAACUGUCAGCGGAGGGGUGGGGGGGGGGAGGGGAGGGAGGCAGCUUCAUGCCGAAAUUUGAACAAAAGUGGUGACCGUGGGGGCGGUGCACUUUUGGUCGGACUAUGGGUAUCUGCCACUCGACUAGAUAGUUCUGCGUGACCUAGUGCACGACCUACGGCUGGCCACGCGUGCCAGGGCGACAUGCGGUUGUCACACUGCCGCAGGCAGUACACUGGUAGCGCUCAUCGCCUUCAUGAAAGCGCGCGUCACCAACUUAACCCGAUGUCAGCGCUUCUGAUAGAUUAAAAGCUGUCCGUUUUGCACGUGACUCAGUUUGGUGCAUGCAUACAAUAAAGCCGAGGACUUUAUCGAAGAAAGUGGACUGGCCUGCACAUGACCCUGCACGAGGUCGUCCUUUAAUGAUCACCACUCAGCAUUCGGUCAACUGAAGAAAUUCCCUCAUAUGGAAGACUGAGCGUUUCUGGUAUCUAACUACAGCUAUAGGGCAUUCGCAAAUGAACGCAGUUAACAAUUCGACCAAUCUGUUAUGACUAAUCCAAUUUCUAAUCGCAAUAUGGGCAGUCUCAAAAGGCCUUACCAGAUCAGUGAACUGCUCUGAGUCCUGAAGUAGUCCAUAGGCCAAAGUCGUUCCUUCCUUGUAUUAGGAUUUGAACUUUAAACACUAUUCAUUAGAAGCCAAUAAAAAUAUAGAACUCGAGGCCCGUAUGCAGUGAAGGUCGCCCUUUGGCGCAAAGAAUAAUUCGGUGAGAUGAGUGCCUAAACAGUGCUCAGGGAAUUACAUUAUAUGGGAUCUCGAAAUAGGAAAGUUUGCAAAGAAAAACUUUAUUGCGCUCUGCUGAUGAGUAUUUGGAGACUUCAGUUUUCCUCGGGCGACUCCAAAUAGUGAACGUUAAUAUUUUUUUUAGUGUCUACAGCCUUGCGCAGUAGGUUUUCGAGUUUGCAGUGCGGGUUGCUUCUGCUAAUGUCUCAACGAUUUUGAGUCACUGGGAGUGUUUUUUCGGCAGGGAUGGUUUUUCGGAAAAUUCAAUCUUCCCCAAGUGGAUGGCUUCAAGACUGUCAUUUCGUCAAAUACUCCUGAUGGACCUGAGAAGCUUCCAAGCAAAACCCCUUGAAGUCCGAGGACUGCAGUGGAUAAGUGCUGUUUUGCAUAAAGUAACAUCCGGCUCAGUGCCCUAUGGAUUGUCAAGUGAGACCAGUAAUUCGGUUCAUGCCUACGUUAUCUGCCCUAUCUCAUGCAAAGUUAGCCGAUAUUCUGAAGUGGGUUUUCGAUUAGAAAGAAUUACUCGGGAGAUGUUUUAAUGUUGAUUGUCAUGGGCCCCAAUCCCAAGACUUUCUGGUAACAUCAGGUGCUGGCUUUUGAAUGAGUUCCUUUUCGGCCGCCUGCACACACCAUUUUCGUUAAAAAAGCUACGUAAGCAGCCUGUAUUUCCCCCGUUGAGUUCCGAUGCCCUUAUAAACUCCUAUAUGCAUUAUAAAUAAAAUGCACAAAAAAUAUUUUCUCGCACUCAUUCGGAGGCAAAGUACGUCUGUGUCUACUUUUAUGAUGUUAAAAAGGUAUCUUUCGGUGUAAAAAAAUUUCCGAUCCUAAGGUUAUUUGGGACAGUGAAAUGUUUAUCUAUACAGCAGCAUAUCUGUCAGUUUAGCAAAGCUGCUUACGAAAUACAUGGCAUUGUCCAUAUUCAUCCUAAAACUAUAUGAGUCCUAUAUAAUGUCUUCUUAGAAGCUCAUCGAGUGCAUGUGUGAUCCGAGUCCGAGACUAUCACGGCGCACCAAGUGCCGUGGUUUGAGAGGUUGUUAAGUGACUCUCCAACUCAGUCCUCGCAGUCAGCCCAGUUGUGCUCGCGUGUUGUGGACUGAGAGUCAGGCCACAGUGGCCCCCUCUUAAUGUGAUCUCUAUAGUACAGCCCUCUUUCCGUAGAAUCCGGGUCGGGGGUGGCGGCAGGCCUCGGCCGCACCGACCGUAGCUCUUGUUGCUGUUGGUUAAAAUCCUGGCCACAUGUUUGUUGUGCAGGAGGGGGUGUGGUGGUACGCCUAGGCGCGGGCCCAGCUGCACCAACCAUCUGCGCCCUCUCCAGCUUUCGGCCUUCUUCACUAUGUCUCCACAUCAGACUCAGGUGGGGAAGGAGGAGAGAGUGCGGUAGAUGCAUCGCAAGUCCACUAUCAUAAAAGAAAUCGCUCGUACAUCAUUGUGCCUGCACACACCCUGCUGUGGAGCACACGGUGGACGGUCACGACGGUCGAACUGUUGCUAUCGCGCGACGCACAUAUGAGGUUGCGCUGCAGAUCCGCUGGGCAAAAAGUGUGAUCUGACUUGCUCAUGGUACGCUUUCAUCGGUCUGUGCUGAGAUCGCACGAGUCCAUAACCUUGGUUCCAGGCUUUAGACGUAGGCAUUCACGCUGCGUCAGUUACCGCGCUCAAUCUUAGCACGAGCGGGUUGACAGUCGAAUAGUGCAUGAGCGAGGAAAGAGUAGGUGAGGUCGGUUGUCUGGGAUUUAACCCCAUGGCAAAUCAGUGCAUUCCUCACUGUACUAAGUCUGAAGCGCUUGAACAUAUAAUGACGUACUAUCCAGAAAAUCUCACCCGCGGCAUAGGUUGAAACAAUGCAGCUGGAGACGAUAGCCCCCACAUUUUCGCAUAAACAGGAAGGGUUGAACACGUGCUGUGACAUCUGACUCGCCAAAAAACACGGACGCUGUCAGGCAGGAGUUUGUUGAGGUAUGAAUGCCGAGGCGCGCUUUUUUAAUAUCUCAGGCACCUCAAUUUCCGCCUCUUUUUUCACCGAUCCCCAUCGUACGUUCAAGCGCGGUACUUGCACAUGUUUAUGCUACGGCAUCAAAAUUAACCCCACACACAAUUAUGUUUGUUUAUGCUGACUUCCACAGUGACAGUGCGGAGUUAGUGUGCGUGCAAUCAACCGCAUGGACAAGCUGUCUUUGGUCUAUGGCCACAUACGAGAAAUGAAUCAGGAUUUUGCCUUUGAGAAAGCGAGGGUGAUUCGUCGAGCCAAUGAGAAGAUGGCCAGACUGGUGCUCGAAAGUUGGUCCUCGAGUGGCACACUCAACCGAGCUAUAGAUCUACAUCCCACCUACCAGGCGCUGCGUGCAAGGCUCGGAUCAGUCCGGACAGGACCAGUAAGGCAAGCGAGCACGUGGGACCGAGAGUCGACGCUCACGGAAAAGAGCGGAAUUGGGGGCCAGCGGUCAUGUGACCAAAGCCGAACACUGUAUCACCGAUGCGCCCGCGAAGCUGAAUGCUGCUCACAUGAACGGCAACGACCCAUCAGUCCACCGGCUGACGUAGGAGAGGCCAACCGGCACGUUGAUUUGACUACAAUUACGCCGACCCCAAAGGGAAGAAAGGUCACGCAGGCCUGUCAGCGGUCAGACCCGGGGAGGUCUGAGCCAGUCAGUGGCAAGCAGGUAGGUCAAAGUUCGUGCGUCCAGCACGGCUAUAAUACGAGGCAAGCGGCAAGACUGAACAACUCAAGACCGGCAGGAGCAUCAAGUACGUUACUCGGAUGAUGGAAACGAGGAAGUUUGCGAAACGUCAGUUCGAAUACAAUAUGGUCCAUGAAUUCGUCGUCUCUUCUUCUUCGUCUUCUUUGGGAGACGAUGAAUGCGAUACAAUGUCUGGACCUCGAAUCUUUACAAAUAUCGAUAAGUAUACAUAUAUACAUAUAUGCACAAUAUUAUUACUGACAAAGACAAGGGAGACUGGAAUGGCCAUUUUUAGCUUAUUAGCCAUCGUCAGCCAGUCAUACCCGACCCCGAAGUGUGAAACACCUGGAGCUCUAUCCCGCGACCUGUAAGUUAGAAGUCCAACGCCUCUUACAUACACGUACAUAUAAAUUAAUCUUUAUUCUCUAUGACAGGCACUCUUUAGCACCCGUUAACAACUGUUUGUGCCUUUAACUGAGCAUGGACCGAUUCGACCAAAUUCGCCUUAUGGAUUUCCGUUCUGAGCAGACAAUGACAGUCAGUGCCAAAUUCUCAAUCGGAAUUUCUGGUGCCAUCUCAAGUACGCGGCAGUGUGUUGUUUAAAGUGCGUAUUCGGUAAGGCUUGGGGUGAUAAAAAAUCGAUCGAUAUACUAUUAAAGUGCGAGCAGCUGAGCUGGGUGUGCAUUAAGACGCCAGUGUGUCAGGCCAAAGGCGGGAAAGUAGUUUGAUGUGCGGGUCAUUUCAACCAACAAGGUCUAACUUUAAAUGCUGCGCCUUGGAGCGCAAAUAAAUGGAUUGUGAAAAGUUGUUUCGAUAAGUUAGAAGUCGUAAUUGCGCAUUUGGAAUUUUGUUAAGUAAUUUCAAUAGGUCUAAGGUAAGACGUAUACGACAAAUCUACCUGUCUUUCAUCUAUAUGAAGGCCAAGAAGCUUAAGGCGUGAGAAAGAAAAAGUACCUGGGUGACCCGUCUCACUGUUCAGUCUCCGACCCGAAGCCCUACUCAUUUCCAUUUAAAACUUAAGGGCUAGUCAUCAGAAUGCUCUGCGGCAACGCCCACAUUGGUGGCUUCAAGCUAGGCGCACCAGGUUUCGACUGUCGCAGAGCAUCCUUUAGAAAAACGAAGCUCACUUUGUUAGAGACCAUAGUGGGUUGGUUAGCCAUGGAACUAGCAAGCCCACGUACUGUAAGUGGCCUUACCGGAGUAUGUUUAUCGACAAUGCGCCGAUUCUUAAAUCACAAGUCAAGGAAAACAGAGUUUGAACAAAUUCUUCUGCUGCGGGUACGGGCAGCAAGUCGAAUAUUCCCUUCGGAUGACAGCCACUGUGGUUCCUAGUCCGCGGCGCGAGACGGUUGUAUGCGCCUAAGCGCUCUCCUACCGCAGCCAAUCAGCGACGGACUCGGCGUCGAUUGACCUCGAGCUCUCGACAAGCCGGCGCGAACUCUCAUGCGGUUCAACACAUCGACUGACAGGGAGCGUGGUGUGGACUGAAGGCUGCAUGAGUAAACGACCGCGCCGGCAACUGCAGGAACAGACUGCCACAGCCCUGCCCUAAAUUCCAGGGAGUAUCUACUUCCGUGUCCUAACUUGGACCCUACACCAAACCCCAUCCCCAAUCCCCAUGGAAUUCGGCGCAAGACAUCCUCUAAGAGAGGGGGGAUACUUAUUCCUUUACCCAACCAGAAAUUCCUCCGACCAGGAUACAGAGUGAAACCCAUGAAACUUUAGCUGCAAUUUUAAAGUAUGGUUUCAGAAAGAAAGGAAUGCAUGACUGAGGUCGGCAUGCAGCAUUGUCACGAAGUAUUUUAUGCAAACCAGGUCGCUGGCUUUUAUUUGAGCCUUUCCAAAGCCACGAGCACAAAUCGCCAACAAAUAAGAACUGAAGUAGUAUGCAUGUCUCCAUUUAGUUUCUAUGAACAGCAAUUCAUUUCUUCCACAAAUGUUGAUGAAAAUUGUGUCUUCGUACUAUUUACUCGAGGAAAGGACCUCUGUAAAUUGUAAUACUCACCGAUUUUGUGCAUAUUGAAAGACCACUAUGACUUUUCAUGUGCCAUAACAUCUGCAUGUAAAUGACGACUGCUAUACCUGGUGCCAAAUUUUAGCACCAAUAGGUACCUCCCUCCACUGGUGCAAAUGCACUAUUUUGCGUAAAUGAAAGUCACAUGGAUAGAAAUGCUGAAACCCCAUGCGCAGACAUGACAGUCCAAUCAUCUUGGCUGACGAUGUCUACCGUUCAGAAGACGAAGAUGCGAUCACUGGAACAAGAAAUUUUUUGGUCGACGUUUCGGAUUCUCACUCGAAUCCAUCAUCAAUGACAGUCGCAAAUAAAGGUGGUGGUGGCACAGGAGUGCAGUAUUUAUAGCACGUGGCUGCCGUGGGACCGUAUGCGCACUGCAAUUAACAGCUCUCGCAGUCACCGCUGGAGUCGUGAUUGAUUCGGUGGUGGCUUGUCAGUCCGAGUCCGAGUCGUUAAUGGCCGUGAUUCCGUCAUCCGUGCUGGAUGCUGUUGUGACGAUUGCUCGGCUAAUUGGCUCACUGUCACUGUGAUAAUUGCUCGCCCGCGCCCUCCCCACGUGACUGAUUCCCCUGCCCAGGGAAAAUUUCAGCACGGAAUAGGGUACCGGGUGGUCAUUGUGCUUGUUGAUGAAUUGCGGGCCUGAGAACCAUGACUCAAGCAGCUCGCGGCUCACGCGGUUGCACCCCUUGCGAGGAUUUCGGCCUCUUGAAAUUUGAAAAUAUGACCGGGUCCCGUCGAGUGUGCCGCCACCUGAGAGCUAGCUUCGCCCCGCCUCACUGCUGCUGCGUGCUCGGCAGUUCGCGUACGGAGUAAUCUCCCAGUUUCUCCGACAUAGUUGCUUUGUUCGCACCUACACCCAGAUCCGGUAAACGACUCCAGACGUUUCUUGCCGUGGCAGCGGGUCUUUUGGCCUCGUGACUUGGCGCCUAAUGGUUGCUUCCGGCCUGUGUGCAACCCCAACUCCAAGUGGAGUGAGAAGACGACUGACGGCUUCCAAGACGUUCUUCACGUACGGAAGAGCCCGCCAAAAUUUGGGGCCGGUUGGAUUUGGUCUCUGGUGUCCUUUUCGUAUGCACUGGUUGACAAAGUUGCGCGGAUAACCAUUGGCUCUCAUUACCCGUCGAAGAUAUUGUAAUUCAGCAACCUUGUCUUCCAUUUCACUGCAGUGCGUCUCAACGCGCCGGUUUAGCGCCCUUUCGCAACUGCGUUUGUGACUGAUUGGGUGGUUGCUAUUGAAGUUCAGUAUUUGCGUCGUGUUUGUCGCUCUCCUGAACACUUUGGUUUUUAGACCACCACAAUCUUUGCGGCAAACGAGGACAUUGAGGAAGGCCAGCUGGUUGUUUUCCUCCUCCUCCGUCGUAAAUUGAAUGUCCGGGAAAACGGCGUUGAGAUGUUCUUUGAGUGUCAGCACCUGGUCCUGUUUGACGACGACGAAGGUGUCAUCCACAUACCGAGCCCAGAAUUUUGGUCUGUGCUGUCGGAAGACGUCGGCUGGUGUCAGCUGGAGUCGCCGGUUUUCCGACAGCACAGACCGAAAUUCUGGGCUCGGUAUGUGGAUGACACCUUCGUCGUCAUCAAACGGGGUCAGGUGCUGACAUUCAAAGAACAUCUUAACGCCGUCUUCCCGGACAAGGAGGAAAACAACCAGCUGGACUUUCCUGGAUGUCCUCGUUUGCCACAAAGGUUGUGACGACGUCUUCCGUGUGGUCCAAGGCAGGGUGAGUACAGGGACGGCGACCUGCGUGUGAACUAGUUCAUAGUAAUGGCGGACUUGCGCUGCAUCUACUGAACUCUCACCUCCCCCACCCUGACUCGAUCGCCCACGUGAAAUCGACCGCCCUAAUGGAGAAUCAGCGUAUAAACUUCAAGAUAAGAGGAGUUGUAUGCUAGCAGUCAAACUCCAUGACAAAGUGUGGCGUUCAGAAUUAUGAGCGUCGGGCAACGGGUAUGACAAGGAAGACAGUGCGAGAGCAGCAGAAGGGGAGGAGGAGGAGGAGGGGGGGGGGGGAAGGCAAACUUACAGAUGACAAAAAUCGGCAGGCAUCCACAGUUUCCUUUCGGAGUAAAACAUAAUGAUUCAUAACACAUUCUGCGCCAAAAUUAUGUGACCACUUGUUUGAUCAAAAUUGCGUCAGGCUUGCUUAGAUUGGCCUGUUUUUACAUUGGUGAAUAAGAGGCGACAACCGUUAGUGCGAACAGAAUUUUAUGCCCAAAUAGCUCACUACAAGGUCAGGUAAUGAGAAUGGUUGCAAAAGGGCUGUUCCAUUAUUAUAAUGUCACUAAUAUUGUGUUGGCAAAAUAAGAAUAUAUAGUCUCCAUUUCGAUACAUGAUUUCAGCGCAAUGUUUAUCUGUGCCAUCAACUAAACUUUCAACUUUUACUUUAUUUAAAGCAUCCCAUGAUCGCUGAUCCUUCGAUCAGUCAACCGGUUAGUUCGAUCGUUGCAGUAAACCUACAAGGGUAAUAGUCUCCAUAGAUUCCCAACUGGGUUAUAAUUAGUGGCUCAGAGAUGGCCAGACCAGUGUAAAAAUUUGGUUGCAUCUUAGCCACUCAUUCAUCUUUUGGGUGGCAUUUAUACUACAAUCUUCUUAUUGAAGCAUCCGACGUUCGCAGCUACAUUGGCACAUAGAAGAUAACAGAUGAGCAGGUUUCUGAAUGGAUGACUGGAUAGACUACUUUUUCUGUAAAAACGCCAAUCUCAACUUGUUGCGCGGAAUGAGGGUCCCUCAGAUUAGCAAACCGCCACCUCUAAAUAACUGUCUGCUGUAGGGACUGGGCUCCUUCCGCAGGCCAUGUCAGUACUAUUUACAACCGUCCGAAGUGUCCAGGGUAAGCGUCUUUCAUUGGAGAAAACUACAUCAUACCACUGAUCCGUCCUGGUGACCUGAUCUUCUACCCAACGCCUUAGCUGUUCCCAGUGGUGAUUCGUCAGCAGCGAUUUUCUACGAAGCUUCCUGUAUGCAAACAGUAACGGAUUCCUUAUAGUACUGGAAACUGGACUCCGUGAAAAUUCCAAACGCCACAUCUCGCUCGAUGGAACAUGUGCUGCUGCUUCUGAGAGAUAACGUACAUAGUACUGCUCUUUUUCUCUAUAUGUGCAGAUCCUUCUUUCUCUCUCCAGCUCGGUUUUCCCUCACAAGUUUCAUGAGCCACGAUCUUUGCGGCCUUCGAUCUCUUCAGAUGUUCUCCGAUGUUUCUACUUUUAACAGCCAUUGUACAGAACACAGAAGUCUCGCGUCGCAAAAAGUCCGCCACUUGCACUCUUCGAGAAAUUAGUAAAAGACGAUAAAUGACUAGUGUUAGUCGAUUUCGGGAAAUAAUUCAUUUGUGAUUGAUGCUCAACGCACUGUCCUAACCCCAAUGGCAAGUGGUGAUGGCCAUUUCUACGUAGACAUAGCGCAACGUCACAUUUCUGAACCAGAAGCGAAGAAACGCUGGAAUUUUAGGUUGUAUUGUAAUCAUGAGGCGGAUUGCCAAAAAACCUCAUUUUAGCAGUAGGUCGAUGAACAGGAAAAUAGUAGCAACUAAUUAUACAGCAACAUAACUGAUGUACUGAGUAGUAAGCAGUCACUCCAAUGAUUUGAUCAAACUUCAACCUAAUUUAUAAACCUCAUUUUUUGGACCACAUAUUUUCGAGCGUGAGAUUACAACGAGCGGCGGCCGGCGUCACAGCCCUCGACAGAAUUUUCUCCCAUGCUAGUUUUACUACAUGAUGCUGGACGUAAAACAGACGUGAUGCGUUUUUAUUGAAGUGUUAGACCAGAUACAUUGCUCCACAAUAACUGUUUGCUGGAUAUCAUGAUAAACAGACUUUGGUCAGAAGUAAGAAUGCUAGGAUCAUAGUGUCGUACUCGAUAUUAUCGUCAGCAAUUGCAUGGAUGAUAGUUAGUUGGCAACUGUCCGCAGAAAAACCACAAAGCGGUAGGAGCCCAGUUCCUGCAGUAACCAACUGGCUUUGCAACGCGGCAGCUGUGUACGGACAGCUUCUAGUCUGACUUUACUUCCCCUGGAAGAAUGGAGGCUGCGUUCGCUCUCAUCCGGCAGCUCUUCCGCAAGAACGAAUAUGCGUGCAGUUUUGCCUGAAUGUAUAGAUUCGAACCCUCUGGAAAAGAAAUGAACUCAUACGGAAGUAAAUCGAGGUUUAGUGCACUUUUGUCGGCAUAAUCGAUGGCCGUGAAUAGAUGAACUACGUUCCUCAGCCCCUGAGUGAAAGAAUGGAGCAAAGGCUUAAGGUCAUAAUUCGGAGUCCAGUAACGCAGAGUGGACAAGCCCUUUCGAUUAGUGAGAGAUCUGGGAUGUUUUGACUACAAGUUAAUGGGAGGAAUUGUGGCUACGUUACGUAAUUAGAAACAGGAGGGCGGACAGGUGAAUGCCUCUGGUAGGUCGCCGUUUUAAGGCUGAGCCGACUCUUCUUUUCACGCACGUUUGCAGUAACGCGUGACCGCCGCCUGGCCUGACGUAGCUCGUUGACUGAUCGAUAAUUAGCAUGGCAGUCACGCGCAUCUGACCGGACUCAGGCAUCCUGCUGUCACUGCUCGCUUCCGGGCGCCUCUUAGAUCCGCGUUAAUCAAUGUUGUCUUCUCAAGAUUGUCUGCGUGACUUCUAGCACAGGAACUUUCUUUUGCAUGGAAUGACUCUACACUGGAGCAUAUUUUGGCGGGGUGCGUUGUCGAUGCAGCGAAUUUACUUGUCUGAGUGUGUCUAGUGACCUCCUCCUGAGGAGCAGCAGAUGAAACAGCCGGCGCCAGGGGGGACAGGUUGGUGGUCUUACCGACACCUGUGUCGUUUUAUCUAUGGGCCCCACCGUAAGUGCGCCUUGGUGAUAGAUGUUUGACGAGGGUUACGGCGAAAAAUGUGCCUCCCGUAGAGCAGUUUAAACCAUGUUUUUACAAGCACACGCUGUCCCGAAAGUCUACCAUAUGUUAUUUUCACUCUCCACCUAUGCUGUAGUCAGGACAGCAAGCAUUGUUGAAGUAAAAAAAUGAGGAUGGUGGAGUCAUGGGAUCACUACUAUUCAGUUUCAAUUUCAGUUUAUUUGAGGGAAACAUAGGUGUUGAACCUUUGAACUCCCUAUUUGUUACAAGGAAGCGAAUUAAAUUAAAAAUUUGAAAAUGGAAACAUCAAACAGCUACAGAAGUUUUUUUCAGAUUGGCAAAGUUUUCGAAACCAGACGGAUAAACGAAUCGUUCCAAGUGUUAAAACAUUAACGUUACUAAAUGUGCUGUACAGUAGUCUGUCUGUGGAUAAUUGGCGCUAUCUCAGUUUCCGAGGGAGACGAAUUGAAUGCCAACACUCACAUUCAACGGACCUGGGACAACAAUACAAAAACGUUACUGAAGUACAGGCAGUAAUAAAAUAACAUCAUUAAACUGUUCGAACGAAAUGCUAAGACGAUGUCGGUCAGGUGACAUUAUGACGUUUAGUGGUACACUGGUCCAACUUGCGCUUAAAAGCCUCGACGGAGGUGAACACGACGACAUCUGCAGGCAGAGCAUUCCAAGCCCCGAUCACUCUGUUUGAAAAAAAGAACUUCCGAAUGUCCAGCCUGGCACCAGUCACACGUAGUUUAAGUGGAUGACCUCGGGGGUUCGUUGUGGUUGCUAACUCAACGAAUUCAGCAGGUAAGAGACAGCAGUCCUGGCCGCGCAUUACACGGAAUGUUUGCAUAAGGUCGCCUAGUUUACACGUCACGUCCGUGUGGCUGGUUGCAGUGAAGAGGGGGAUCCUGGUGGAGGGCUAGGCUCAGAGUUUCAUUCGUCAUUCGGGCAUUAUGUUGGGCCGGAUAACGUGUGCUCUGGCGCGCAAGCAUCUGGUCCUCACAUGGGCGUCUACCAUGACCUGCGUAAGUAUUAGUAAAUAUGCUUUGAAAAGCUGCACCGACGACGCACAGUGACAUUUGAGCUGCCAUUUCUGGCUUUGUCGCCACUGGCACCGAGCAGUACUCCGAUUCCAGUGCUUGCGCACCCGAGUUUUCAAAUAGGAUCCAGUGGAUCCUGGGAAAUUAAAUUUCAAAGUCUCCUUGACUGUAUAGACACGCAAAAUGCAAGUAACAGCUGUAGUGGACGUCAGAUUGUGGCUGUUAAAGUCAACCAUCUUUAGGAAUAAAUUACAACGAUGAAAACUCAGUUAUGAUGUAGUCUAUAUAAAGCUAACAAUACAAAUCUACUUACUGGACGAAUAACCAGAAUUAAGGCAAAUAUACCUCGCAAAACAGGCAUGUCAGCAACGCUUUCUGUACCGGUUACGGCAGCCCCAGAACGAAUAGUUAUAGAGCGAGAUGAAGACAGCCAGAAUGAAAGCCGAGAAACCCAAGAGAAAGAGAAACUAGGCCGUAAAAAGACCGAAGAAAUCAAACGGUUGCUUCCGGGAGAAAUCUCUGAAGAAACCGAAAUGGAGAUAUCGACGACCGUCCCUUCCAUCACGGUAUAUGUCUGUGUCCUAAAAACUUCAACUAUUCUCAGACAAGUUAGAGCUUUAUAGACCCAGUACGAUUGCGACGGCCAAGGGCAUCCGUUCACAGAGAGCGUCAGUCGCAGUGUUUUUUACGCGCAUGUGAGUGUCUGGGUUAGCAGGAGGGGGUGACUGUCUGAGUGUUGGUCGUGUGAUUGGACAAAUUAGGGGAGGAAUGGAGGGCGCAUAUUCACAAGACCUCAUGGGUACCAAGCCAGAGCGUUCGACGCGCGUGAUGUGAUACUAGUUUGUGAGGGCAGCCGGGAGUCACUGCAGCUGGACAGGGGGGGCCAAUUCUAGCCAGUGUGGAUGGUCGUAUGUCAGCGGCCUGUCAACGCUUGUCGCGAUCAUCGACCGUCAAAACGGAGCCGGAGAAAGGGGGCACUGGAACGGCUGCUACACGAUCAAUGGCACCGAUUCAUUCAUCGGAACCACAUAUUGCUUUUCUCAGUCUUCUCUGACAAGUGCUGCUUCCAAGCUUGUUAAAACAGCCGUCAAACAAACGAGCUGCGAAAGAACAGCUGCUCCGCCAUCACCAACAUAUAGUGCCAGAGCGUUACACUAGUUAGGGAAGGACAUAUCCAUAGAAAAUUAAAAAGAAGACGAAAAUACAAAUGUCCCAUUAUUCGGAGGUUCCCUGAAUCAAGUACAAACACUCCCAUGGAGCGGAUUUCGGAAGACCUAUCACUCUUCCAAGGUCGCUGUAUGAGGACAGCAGUCGGGUCUUCGCAAACAAUUACAGACCGGUCAGCCACGCUUCCAGUUGCUGCAAAAGUAUGGAAAAAACAAUUAAGUGACGAUUUAAGCAGUUGCUUGAAUAAAGCCAUCUGCUUUUUGAUUUCCAGCAUGGAUUCCGCAGAGGCAGAUCCUGUGUGACAGACUUGCUCUACUGUCUGGAACACUGGACUCGGGCCAUUAAUGGAAGGUAUAUCGCCUUCUGUGCGAGGCAAGCUUUUGAUGUGAACUCGAAGCUCCGAAGAAGCCGGACUGGAGACAUUGUCGGCGGUUCCGUCCAUUAUAUUAAAUGCCAUGUGUCCCAAAACCUUUGACGAUUCUCGAAAGAACUUUGAUGAGAUUCCGGCGAAGAUCUUGAAGGAACUCGGCGGUGAUUUGGCAAAGCCACUCCCUAUGCUCACUGAUCGUUUUUACGGAACUCGCUCGUCCCGUUGUGCUGUAGGGCUCUCUCUCUCGGAUCAAACCGGCAGCCGCACAGCGAUGCAUGAUAUAGGCAACCUCGCGGGAUCGAGCCUCAGGUGUUCCACAUUGCGGAGUUGUGUAUGGCUGGCUGCCGAGGGCUAAUAAGCCAGAAAUGGCCAUUCCAGUCUCCCUUGUCCUUGUCAGUGAUGUUACUCACCUCCAUCUGCUGUAAACGUAUGGAGAAAAUAAUUAAGCAACAAUUAAUUCAGUGUCUGGAGCCAAAUAAUCUUCUUUCCGACCUCCAGCAUGAAGUCCGCAGAGACAGGUCCUGUGUGACAAACUUGCUCUACUGUCUGGAACACUGAACUCGGGCUGCUGAUAGAGGGAACAUGGUGCAUGCGGUUUAUAUCGACUUAGAUUAGGCCUUCGAUAAUGUAUCUCACAACCGCCUUCUGUGCAAACUCAGCCGUAUUGGAGUGCGAGAUAAGCUUCUGACGUGCAUUUGAAGCCUUUUAAUCUGCCGCUCUCCAACUGUCCGUGUCAGUGACAAGCAGUUGAUGCAGGUUGUCGUUAAGAGUAGUGUUCCCUACGACUCUGUUCUUGGUCCACUCUGUUCAAUGUAUACAUGAACAACUAAGCAAACAAACUGGAUUGCGAUGUCGCAGUGUUUGCCGAUGAUAAUAAGAUCUGUAUUACCAUACAAAAUGAAGUUUACGAAAUGCGAUUGCAGGCAAACCUAAACCAACUCGAGCAAUGGUCAGACGACUGACUUAUCGUUUAACGUAAACAAGUGUAACUUUAUACGCGUCAGUGGAACCAGUUCUCCUAGUCACAUGGUCUACCGCCUGACUGGCAUACCACUGAGAGAAGUGAACGUUCAGAUGGACUUGGGUGUGGUGAUCACAAUUUAGCCCGAGCCUUUACAGCUCACCUCAAGGAUAGCCAAUUCGGCGAUGUCCAUCCAAUACCUGAUUAAACGAUCGUUCUCCUCCUUUGAUGAAGACCGCCACUCUAAGGUCUUUCGAACUCUUGUGUGGCUGCAUCCGGAGUUUGCCAUCCAGGUAUGGAGACCGCUAAAGACCUCAGCAUGCUCGAAAAAGUUCAGCGGCGAGCAAUCAAUCUCGUAACACGACAGGGCUCGCUGCCCUACGUAAGACGAUUAGUUAAUCUCGAUCCCUCUCUUAUCAGUUACAGGCAGCUACGGGGUGACCUGAUAUAAGCCUUCCGCAUUCUACGCGACCAGGACUGCUGUCUCGUAUCUGGAGUCUUUUCCGAGUUGGCGACUACAACUAACUUGAGAGGUCAUGCACUCAAACUACGUGUGACUGAUUUUAGGCCAGAUAUACGGGUGAUUUUCUUCUCCAAUAGACUGAAUGAAGCUUGGAAUGCCUUUUCUGGGAAUUUUGUUAUGUCUGCACCCAUUGUAACUUUUAAAAGGAGGCAAAAGCAACAUUGCUGUGCACCACAAUGCCAUCCGACCGCUAUCGUCUUGAUUCCUCAUGUUAACAAUUUAUUGCUUUCGGGAUGCUACUGAGGAUCUUUAAGUAACGUUUGUUCAUGUAAUUUACUAGUACACAAACGUCGGCACACGGCGUUCGCCACGACGCCUGCAGACCACGGAUCAUAUCGCUUUCCCCGGGGCUUAUUGAUGCCUCAAGUAACCGCUGUAUUACGCACCCACGUGAGUAUACUUGGCUUCCAAUUCUCUUGACGUAUGAAACACUUUAUUUAUGUGUACAGUUUUUAAUAUUUUCUUUGUAGUUCUUUGAUGCUAGUCCCUCUCCAAUUUUUUUACCACUUCCUCCACGUGCAACAAAAAGGGGUUUCAAAGGUGCGUGCUAACUUUCCUAAAAUUAGCUGAAAUGGACUGACCAAAAGCUCCAGCUCCCGAACUACCAACAUUGCGCUCUGUCAUCUGCAACCAGGGAUAAUCAGUGUUAGACUGGAGUACGCCGAAUACUCUUCAUAGCAGGAUUGAAUACAGAGCGACUCUGCUAACACAUGGCCCCCUCAAAGGUGGGGACGGCAGGGUGGGUAGGUGGGCCACAGCCCCUUCAGCUCGGAACAUAGAAAGUAUCCAGACACCACGCGUUUUCUUAAAAGCUCGAAACCAGUAAUGGGAGUAAAGUAAAAUUAAAUUUCUGAGUGUAAAACAGGCAAUAUUUUUACGAUAUAUUAGACCGCUAUGUGAAUUUUAGCUUAGAUGAGGUCGAAAUUCAUUAAUCGUGGCUUUAAUGUGUGUUAUUGUCCAUUGCACUGUUCGAGAUAGUGAGCACUGCGCGUGACGCCUUUAAACCAUUUCAUUUUGAAGGUGAGGUCACCUGGAGUAAGACGCCCUUUGGGUUUGCGAUGUGCCACAUUUAAGAGUAAUGCAGUGCUGUUUCGCGGGGAUGCGCUGUGUAGGUGAAAAUCGGUAUCGUAAAGGGGUGUCAAAAUCUACAACAAGUUGGCGUCCCCCCGCACAAUUUUUUUGCGGUGGUGGUUAGAGGGGGCCGGUGGUCGCAUAUGCCGGUGGCAUAUGCCACCUCACAGCUCCGCCUACAGCCCAACCCAGCACCGCCAUAUCUCAGAAGCCUGGUGAGGCUGGUGUCAGCAGGAGAUUCUCUUUUGUCGCGAAGCUGCGGGUCCUGAACCUACUCAGGAAGUCGCUUAGCAACUAGGGAACAAUACCUGGAAUGAGCUCCUAGCAAGACAUCUGGACUAUCGUUUAUAUUUUCCUUUGUUUUUUAUUCCAUCUAUGUGUAUUAAAGCGUUCUUCUCUUAGCCUCCCCUAAUCAUCGUCCUUUCGUUUCCUCACGUCCUUGGUUGUUUUCUUUUGGAUGUUGUCUAGACGUAGUUUCCGUCGUAAACAGCGUAAAUUUCUCCUCUCGCAGUAAAGUUGAUGAACAGUCUAUAGUCCCUAAUGAUUGUGACCACAGAGAUGAGCCGAGUUUCGAGAGUACUGUAUAAAAUCAGCAUAAACACGCUGGGAAAGUGCUAUUUCAGGAGGAAUGUAUGAGCAUAGUGGGGAACUCAUAGAAGUGUUCAUUUCUUUGUACAUUUAGAGAGAGAGAGUGUGUCAUUCCCAAAUUCGUGACACUGUUGAUCAGUUCGUCAAACAGCCGACUCUCCGACUACCAAAAGGCAGAGAUUUCUAUGCGAAGUACAGGUAUCAGGCAUUAUCUGCUGCAGUUGUGUGUCAAGUCCUGGCUGAGUUUUCCUCAUAAAUAAAGACGGAAUUAAGAUCAGGAGAUUCGAAAUCUAAAAGAGGCUGCAGGUCAUACUGAAUAUGUGCAGCUUACGACACUGUCUUAGCUCAAUGAAGGGAAGUGGCAUUUAGGGGUGGUUACUGCUGUAUUGGAGGAUUUUCGACGUAUCAGUCGCCUUUCGAAAGACACCAAAGACAUGAAAGAGACGUUAAAAAACAAAUUUAACUCAAUGUUUCCCCAAAUUCAAUUCACAAUGGAUGAAGAAAAGGACAGAGAGAUCCCCUUUCUGGAUAUUCAGGUGUCAAGACAAGAAGGCGGAUCCCUCCAGACUGGUGUCUUUCGAAAGGCCACUGAUACGUCGAAAAUCCUACAAUACAGCAGUAACCACCCUUUAACGCAGUUACGUGCGGACACUCUUCCUACGCAUCAACACACACUGCAGCACAGAAGCUGAAAGGCUGCGAGAGCGUGAAUCCCUAUGGCAUCUCUUGCUCAACAAUGGGUACUCACAAAGCUUCAUAAACAAAUGCUUGUAUCAAAGGCACACGAACACCAAAGGUGAACAAAAAUAAAAAACUGAAAUCUUCCGUGCUGUACCCUACGUGAGUGACGUUUCCGAAGCCACUGAACACACGCUUAGACCACUCAACGUGGGCCUUGGACACCGGCCGGAGGUCACUAUCCGCCGCUUGUUCAGGCAGCCCAAGGGGCGGCUACCAGCUGAGGACACAACAGGAAUUGUUUACCGCGUCAACUGUACAGACUGUCCGGCCAACUAUUGCGGCAUGACCGACAAACAAUUAAGGUCGCGCAUGCAUGAGUAUUCGCUAGCUGUAAAGCAAAAAGAUGUGCGAUCACGUGCUGUUAUGCACGGCCUCCAAAAUAACCGUCAAUUCGGCUUCGAUAAGGCAGAAGUAAUCGGUCGAGCAGGAGGCAAAAUGACGAGAAAGAUUAUCGAAGCCUGGCGAUCCAACGCCAACUCGAUCUACCGUAGGAUCGACCUACUGGCGCCAUACGAGGCCGUCAGUUAUCAUUUGAACAGAAAAGGAGGGCCAAUGGGAAGAGAGAACAAUGGACCUAUCAUUAGUGAGUAAUAAAUAUCUAUUUAAACCCUGUAUUCCCACUUUUAAUCUAACCUUGAUGAUGUAAGUUUAACGCAGAAUAUUGGUUCGCUCAAAUUUUGUGACAAAUGGACCGAUUUUUUCUUUAGUUCGGAUGUAACUGUUUGCACUGCAAAACUGUACGAAAUUUUGGAUCCGCUUAUUUCUCGUUGCAUCCCCCGAAAGAAAAUUAUUAAUGUUGGGGAAGAGGUUUCCCUACCCUUAGCCUUUCGUCGCAGAUUGCGCAGACUUUCUCGUCGAUUCCAUCUUCGGAAUGACGUUUCUGUCCUGCCCUUGAUUUGUGAUAUUUUUGAGCGGGCUAAGAGAUUGUCUGAAGAAAAACAGCUAGCCGGGGAGAUCCAGUUUACCGAAAACCAUUCUUUAAGUGUCUCGAAACUUUUCUCUAGAAAAGUACAAACUCACCGAAAGACGCAGCAUCCCAUCCUCUGAGACCUUGAUGUCCAGUUAACCGCUGAUUGCUUCAAUGAUUUCCUCCCCAAAACGUUCAUUGAAGACUCGACCACUCCAUUUUCGACUGUCCAGGCAUUGACUGGGGCAGUUCUAGAAACUAUAACUUUCACUCUGUGGGAUGUGACUGUUGCGAUUCGGCGUUUUCGUCAAUCUUAUAGUCCAGGACCUUGACAAAGCCUUCUAUAUUCGCCAUAUACUAGUAGUCUGGUCGCAUCUCCCUUCCCCCAUGCUCGGAUGGACUCGGUUGAAUGAAACCGACCGCAUCUGGGUUCCUAUCGGCUUGAGACUGGUUUUCAAUUUCGGCACUUAUUUUUCUUAUUCAAGGCGAUACAGGCCAGUCCUGACCGACCCGCCUACGUACUAUUUUAUGAAAUCCGUUACACAAUGCCAUAUACAGCUGACAUUUAUUUCGGCCAUGUUGAUGUCGGACUAUAUUCCAUUUUGUACCGCCACAUGCAGGCCAGUCCUCCCUGUUUUUUUCUGAUGCUAUUUUUCUGAGGGGUUUUUUUUCUCCUGUUAAAUUACUACAAUCAUUUUUAAAUUUUGCUUUGGAGUUUUUUUUUCACCCCUCGUUUUUUCAUUUUCAUUUUGCUUAACGGACUUCUAAUCUCAAAAACUAUGCAUUGCACUUUGUGCAGAUUUCGCCUACAUCGUCUAAAAUUUGCAUGUAAAUUUAUUUUUACUUGCUUUGAUGGGACCCUGACGGGUCUUUAAUAAAAAUAAUUGAAUUGAAUUGAAUUGAAUAGUCCAGGACCUGAUGGUGUCCCAGUAAGCAUUAUUAACACAGAUGCAAAUACGAUUUUCCCAUCCCUCUCAUGCAAGAUAUUUAAUCGCGCUCUUGAAAGUGAAACUUAUCCAACCUUGUAGAAGGAAUCACACAUUCUGCCCAUUCCUAAGCACGACAACUCUACAUCAUUUGACGACUUUCGGCCAGUAAACAUCCACCCCAAAGUUUCGAAGAUCUUAGAGACAUUGAUCAUAGAUAAGAUGAUGUGUCACUUAACAGAGAAUAACCUACUGAGUGCUGCUCAGCAUGGAUUUCUCAAAGCUCGGUCUUGUGACACCUGUCAACUCUCUUUCUUUGACUAUGUUCUCCAAUCUAGGGACAAUGGUUUUGCACUUUACACAGUAUAUUUCGAUUUCACUAAGGCUUUUGAUCGUGCUGACCAUGCUCUUCUUCUCUUGAAACUGUCCUCUUUUGGAAUAAAUGGCAAACUUUUGAAUUUUAUAUCCUCUUACCUAGGUACUCGUACACAACGAGUUAAGAUUUCCAAUAUUAUCUCCAAACCCACACGUUUGAGGAGUGGAGUCAUUCAGGGUAGUGUACUCGGCCCGCUUUUAUUUUGCCUUUUCAUUAAUGAUGUACCCGAUGUAUUUCAGAAUGGUAAGCCUUUCAUGUAUGUCAAUAAUCUGAAAGUUGCAUACGGGUAUAAGCCAGCAGAUCGUGACAUCGUGCUUGAGUUCUUAAAGAGCGACCUACAGGCCUUUGUCCAGUGGCGCUGCAUAUGGUGCCUUUCUGUCUCUUGGCAUAAAUACUCGUUCAUGGGGAUUGGCGAUGGCCACCAGUCUCAAAUAACUAUUGGCGGUCACGACAUAAAUGCACCUGGAGCUGUUAUAUAUCUGGGUGUAUCAUAGUUCAAAAGCCUUAAUCUCUUGGAUUACUGCACCCCGAUAGUCUCCAAAGCACGUAGACCGACCGGGUUUAUCCUCAGAAACUUUAAAAACUGCGAUAUUAGAAUGUACCUCUAUAACAUGUGCGUUUGACCCGGACUGGAAUACUGUUCGUUUUUAUUUAAUCUCAUGAGUGCUACUGAGAGCAAGGAAAUAGAAUACGUCCAACAUUUUUUUACCAAUAGAGUUUUAACCCCGGAAAACAAGGAUUUGUCUUACCGAGAACGUUGCCGGCUUAAAGGCCAUAAUCCUUUGUUGUUUCGUAGAAUACAAAAUGAAUUCUUUUUACUCUUUACGCUUUUAUAUAAUCGCACCAUUAACCCGCUUACUAAUUUAAAACAUCUUGUCCACCGCCGAGGUAACAGUCACCGUGAUAUUUUUUAUUUAUUCCUCUGACACGUACCGUUAAAUAUCUUUGGUUCUUUUCUGUAGACACAAUUGCCAUUCGGAAUAAAUUCCCCAGGAAUGUGAACAUUCUGCAAAUUUCUGCGUGUUUAAGAGAACUAUUAAUCGCUUUUUACAUUUAGAAAAACUCCCAAAAUUUUUCUUUGCUGAAUCCAUCGAUCGAAUGUACCGUUGCGGUGGCGUUUGUGGUCUCUGA